AGUAAAUCCUGCGUUAAUGUGUUCACGCUUCUUAUUGGUUACGCCGGUGGCGCUAUUGCCCAUUGAGUUCACGUAGUCUGCAGCAGAGCUAUGAAGGACUACUGUAGGGGAGUCGUUUUUGUUGUAGCUCCAUUCCGAAAUUCAAUAAUAUAAUUUCAUGUGAAAUUUAGGGCACUAUCUGAAAGGUGGAAUUAUAACAUCUGCGAACUUGCCGUUUACCUCCUAUUGCUCUGUAUGCAGGAGACAAAUAAAUAUUCAACGUCAUCCAAGUCCAGAGUGUGAGUGCUGAUGAAGGGUGGGACAAACCGAGUCAGAUCACAAGACCAAAAGGUCACAUUGGUGCCGUGACUUAGGACUUCAAUCAAGAUGGUUGAAGAUCAUCCAAUCAUCGAAUUGGCGGCCGUGUCUUCAUUCUUCACUGCACAGAACCUUCAGCUAAGCUUUUGUUAGUCAUUCAGAGACUUUGACAAACAAUCAGGAAUAGACCCUUAAAUAGACACUCUAAAGUACUUGGACAUUAUUAUUGAGUUUGGGGUUUUGCAGCAUUUAUAGUACACAGUGUAUGCAUUUUCUUUCUCUUUUCUAUCUCUUUUUCUCAGUUGUUUACCUGUUAUUACUUAAUUGUGGAAAACACAAGGUUAAAUGAAUCUGGUUAUAUAGGCACUCCCUUAAAUGUCGGUCGAGGAAGAGGGCUGUUAGUGACACCAAUUCAUUUUCCAGACAUUAGCCCUGGCUCUACUACAUGCACUGUAAACAACAGCAUGCACACAGAAGCGAAUGCCAUUCCAGCUCUGAAUGCAAAUGUGAUGCAUACCAAUUCUGAAACGACUCAGCCAAUUAACGCAUCGACUCCAUUCCAUUCCAGUGACAUAAUGAGUCAGAUGGGUAACAUAGUGCAGCAAGUAGGACUACAGCUGGCAGAUAGUAUCCUUGCACAUUUGAAUUUACACAAUCACACAGAUGCUGCAUCAAAGAGUAGUCAUGUCAGUAGAUGCACACCCGAUCAGAAUUCAGUGUCUGAUUCUUCCCAGUUCCAAGUUGUGCGUCAAAGGGAAGUCAAAGAUCCUCCGAAUUUCAGGGGUGACGCAUCAGAUACUGUUACACUUGAUGAGUGGGUGGAGAAAGGGUUUUCUGCCUUUGGAGGAGCAAGGUGAAGAGAUUUUAAUCCACCUGAGAGGCAAAGCCAAAGAUGUUGUUAAGGUGGAGAUUCUGUCAAGUGGUUUAGAUAUUCGAACAAAUCCUGAUGCAAUCUACACCCAAUUACACAAGCAUUUCAGUUGCCAACAGUAUUCUCCUAUCCCACUGCAAGAUUUCUACACUACUCUUCCGGAACCUCAGGAGGAGCCCUUUGAUUACUGGCUACGCUUGAACCGCACUGCGGACAUAACAGCUGAGUGUCUAAAGCAACAAGGAAAAGUGCUGGAUAAUUGGCUGAUUGAAGUCACACGAAUGUUCAUUAGGAAUUGUCCAAACUCAGAUCUAGUGCUGACUUUCCGUUCAAAGACCAUUGACAAAUGGACAGCUUCUGAAGUGCAAGAGAUCCUGAAUGAGUAUCAUUCAGAGAAAAAUAUCAGAACAACAGGUAAAGGACAUGGACCUGUCAAAUGUGAACAGAAAUUUUCUGUGAAUGAGAUGCAUGUAAGUCCCAGCACAUGCCCAAUAAAAGUGGAACAGGACUCACUUCAGUCAAAGCAGUCUGAAACAAUGGCUUUAGAAAAGGUGAUCAACAUGCUGGAGAGGGUUUUGAUGAAUCACAGUGGUAAUGCACACAAACCCAAGGAGAACUUCAGGAAGAGGCGCAAUUUGCCUAGAAUUCCAGGCUUGAAUGCUUCACCAUGCUUAGUGUGCAACGAGACCUCACAUUCAGCUUUUACUCACUGUAAAAAUCACAGGCUCUGUUUCCAGUGUUUCUCGCCUGACCAUUCAAGGAAUCACUGUCCAAAGGAAGGGAAGGAUGCUGCCUCAGUCAACCAGCAGUCAAACUAAGUGAUCUACGUGUGAGGGAGGAACACGUAGAUCUUGAGAGUGAAUCUCCCAUUUCUAAUUUUGAUGACGUAAUGGAUUAUGAUUCUUUGUGUCAGAUGUUUAGUGAUGUAUCUUCAGACAAAGUGGUCAUCUUUCAGGGUGUACAAAGAGUGCCAAAAGCUGAUAGCUUGUUUUACACAUCUGCUUCAAUUGAGAACGAUAUCACCUUUAAAGCUUCAAUCGACAGUGGAUCGAUGGCGUGUACUACAGAAAGUUUGCUGAAGAGAAACACAGAUAUUACAAGUCAGUCAGCACAAGAUAUUGUCAUCAUUGGUUGCGGUGGUCACCAUGUUACCCCUACAGCAGUCUAUGAUCUUAAAGCUACAGUGUAUGGCUGCUCCAUGAUAAUUCCUGCUUUAGUUGUGCCUGGGCAGACCGAAGAGAUGACUUUUGGGCACUAAUGUCAUAAAAUGACUUCUGAUGCAAUUGAGAGAAACCAAUGGUUACUGGAGGCUUGUGUCUAAGUCAAGUAACGUAAUCAUGAGAAUGAUGAGUGCUCUAUGUUUCUAUCUCUUUUCUCUAACACAGAACGAUGGAGAGGUGAAUCCAUACCUGAGAAAGUUGGUACUGUAAAAUUGCAAAGGAGUGUGACGUUAGAACCACAAACCGAACAUCUGGUUUGGGGAAAGCUACCACAGUCUUCUGUCCUGUCUGUCCCGGCAGCACCGUUAUUGUGGAACCAACAGAGUCCAGAGCGAGACAAAGACAAAUAUUGGUUGGAAAAGUCAUAACACCACUAUGGGGAGAUGGUUCGAUCCCCUUGAAAGUCAUCACUUUCAUAAGAAUGAUGAUGUCUGUCUUUGGAGAUGAGAAUUUCAGUAGUGUCCUAUGUUACCUUGAUGAUUUAAUGGUGUUUGCCCCUUCUGAGUCUGUCGCUCUUCACCGUCUUGAAAUGGUUCUCUCUCGGUUGUCACAGCACAAUCUAAAGUUGGCUCCAAAGAAAUGUUGUUUCUUGAGAAGAUCAGUGAAAUUUCUUGGACAUAUCAUAAGUGAGGAAGGGAUUAAGACUGAUCCAGGGAAAGUUGAAGCAAUUAACAAGAUUCAGGCAUCUGAUUUGAUGGAAAUCGAUGGAAAAACACCAUGUCAGAAGAAGAUCAGGUCCUUCCUUGGAAUGGUUCUGUAUUAUCAACACUUCAUUGAAGGAUGUUCGGCAAAAGCAAAGCCACUAUUUAAGCUGACAUCAGGUGCAGUCAAACAAACUCCUGUCAUGAAAGGACGCAAACCAAGAAAGUUAGUUACCUCAAACUUUCCCCAGCUGACUGGACUACGGAUUGUGAAGAAGCUUUGCACACUUUAAAACAUGAAUUGACAAACAGUGUAACACUUGCUCACCCAGACUUUAACCAGCCUUUCAUUUUAGCUGUUGAUGCAUCUUUCGAUGGAGUCGGUGCUGUGUUGUCGCAGGUUCUGCCAGGUGAAGACUUUGCCAGGCCUGUAGCCUUUGCAAGUAGAACUCUGUCUCGCUCACAAAUGAACUAUCCAGCUCACAGAUUAGAGUUUU